AUGGAGGCCUUUUAUUCCCAGCUCACUCCCCAGGAGCUACAGCGACAGUUGUCGCAACAGUCCCAGCAGCGCCAGCAGCAGGGUACAGGACAUCCAGGCGGCCACGCCUACCAGCAGAUGAACCAAGCUCACGGAAUGUCCAUGAUGGGUACCACCGGCAACUCUCGUGGCACCGGCGAUUCCCUUGACGACAUCAUUCGAGACAACCAUCACGAACUUCAACGCCGUCGUAGCAUAAACCAGCCAUACAUGCCCUCGGGCCAGAACGCCCAGAACGCCGGUCCCGCCAGGAGACUGUCCAUGAUGGAAUUUGGCGCCGACGACAACCAGAUGCUCCACUACCCUUUCCAGAAUCCGGCAAUGAAUGGUGAGUUCACCAAUAUGGCUGGCCGGAUGGACAACGGCAUGAACGGGGGCGUGGACAACACCAUGUCGAACAGCAUGGGCGCCAUGGGCAACGGCGUACCUGGGAAUAUAUCGAUACCGGGCGCCAUGGAUGCAUACUCCGCUCACGACGGCCUGCAGAUGUCGCCGACCAACGCCUUCACCACUUUUUCACCUGACAUGAUGAGCUCCAUGAUGCCGCCAAACUACCCCAACAUGUCGGUUCAUUCGAUGCCCACGACAACGAGCAUGAACAUGUAUGGCCAAACCUCAAUGACCAACGCAUUCCCGAGUCCUCUGAACGCAAACUCCAACGACUUGACUAUGGACUUGGGCGCCGAUGAAACAACACCUGCAACGGCAUCACAAAGCGCCCUUGACACCCCCCCACUGGACAUGAACAAUGGGGACAGCGACUCUGCGAACAUGGGCCAACAUUAUCAACCAUCGGGAGACCCUUCGUCCCGGGCCAACAGCCAGUCGGUCAGCUUUGGCCCGAACCCCAGCGGACCUUCUCAGGCAACGCCGUCUUCACUGUCACGUGAGAUGUCGAGUAACUCGGGCCAGGCUUCAUCACAAUCCUCCAACAAUCGGUCUUCGUCCAUGCCCACAAGCCAGGUCGCCGCCGCCCCCCUGACUGACGACACCUCGCCGGCUGCGGGACCAGAGACUCCCCGCGCCGAGUCCAAGGAGAAGAACGUCUACUCCAAGAGUGGCUUUGACAUGCUUCGGGCGCUAUGGUACGUGGCCACGAGGAAAGAUCCCGAAAUCCAUCUGGGUGCCGUGGACAUGUCCUGCGCCUUCGUCGUUUGCGACGUCUCAUUGAACGACUGUCCCAUCAUUUACGUCUCCGACAACUUCCAAAAUUUGACGGGAUACAGCCGUCAUGAGAUUGUCGGGCAAAACUGUCGCUUCCUUCAGGCACCCGAUGGCAAGGUGGAGGCCGGCUCCAAGCGCGAAUUUGUCGACGACGCGUCCGUCUACAACCUGAAGAAGAAAAUUGCCGAGGGUCGCGAGGUCCAGCAGAGCUUGAUCAACUACCGUAAGGGCGGAAAACCUUUUCUCAACCUUUUGACCAUGAUUCCCAUUCCCUGGGACGACCCAAACGAAGUGCGUUUCUUCGUUGGAUUCCAGAUCGAUCUUGUGGAGUGCCCGGACGCUAUCGCCCAAGGUCAGGAGGCCGGCGGCGUCAAAGUCAACUACAAGCACAGCGAUAUUGGCCAGUAUAUCUGGACGCCUCCGACGGUGAACACAGUCGAGCCCGAGAAUGGACAAACUCUCGGCGUCGACGAUGUGUCCACACUGCUGCAACAGUUCAACCCGAAGGGCGUGGUGUCUGACUGGCACAAACAGUCGUGGGACAAGAUGCUGCUCGAGAACACUGAUGACGUGGUGCACGUCCUGUCACUCAAAGGGCUCUUUUUGUACCUUUCCCCAUCUUGCAAGAGGGUCCUGGAGUACGACGCCACCGAGUUGGUUGGCAACUCUCUCUCAACCGUCUGCCAUCCCUCUGACAUUGUUCCCGUUACUCGAGAGCUCAAGGACGCCACCGCUGGCAAUUCCGUCAACAUUGUUUUCCGCAUCAGACGGAAACAGAGUGGUUACACGUGGUUCGAAAGCCAUGGCUCGUUGUUCUUUGAACACGGCAAGGGCCGGAAGUGCAUUAUUCUGGUGGGAAGAAAAAGGCCUGUCUUUGCAUUGAGCCGGCGAGACUUGGAAGCACACGGAGGCAUCGGCGACAGCGAGUUGUGGACAAAGAUCUCGGUCUCGGGAAUGUUCCUGUUCGUCUCGUCCAAUAUCCGAUCUCUGCUCGAUCUGCAGCCAGAUACCCUCAUCGGCACCAGCAUGCAGGAGCUGAUGCGCAGAGAGAGUCGUGCCGAGUUUGGCCGAGCGAUCGAGAAGGCUAGGCGGGGUAAAAUGGUUACCUGCAAGCACGAGGUUCACAACAGAAGAGGACAAGUCCUUCAAGCACAAACAAUACUGUACCCCGGAGACGCCGCAGACGGCCAGAAACCGACGUUUUUGCUCGCGCAGACCAAGCUCCUGAAGGCUUCAUCGAGGGCCAUCGCACCGGCAGCUACACCGCCUGGCAGCGUUAAAUCCACCUCUCAAGCCAUCCCAAACACCCAGCCCACCCAGAACACUGACUUGACCAAGACGGGUCCGAUGUCAGUACCAGGUGGCAAGGGGAUACCGGGCUCGCAGGAGGCAGCCCUGGCCUCGGAUGAUAACAUCUUUGACGAGCUUCGGACGACCAAGUGCUCCAGUUGGCAGUUCGAACUGCGUCAGAUGGAAAAGGUUAACAGGAUUCUGGCCGAAGAACUGGGCGGUUUACUAUCAAACAAGAAAAAGAGAAAGCGGAGAAAGGGAGUUGGCAACGUUGUCCGUGACUGUGCCAACUGCCAUACGCGCAACACACCCGAAUGGCGCAGAGGGCCGAGCGGUCAAAGAGACCUGUGCAACAGCUGCGGCCUACGCUGGGCGAAGCAGGUGAGAAGCACUGAGCCCUCUGUAGUAGAUCGACUGGAGGACCACGAUGUUAAUGAGGUUGGUCGGGUUUCGCCGCGUAAUUCAUCCCGAGGGGGUGGAAACACCAACGUCGACGGACAAAGCAAGAAAUCGAACUCACCGGUACACUCGUCUCAGCUUCAAAACGAAGUUAAGGCGAGCAGUAGUACGCCGGCUCGACCCAGCGACGGGUCGUCUGGCAACGCAACGCCCGCAACUUCGGUUUCCGUCUCCAAAAGCCACACUAACAUGCCCCCUCCCAGCCAGCCUCUCCUCGAAGGCGGCAGCGGCGGUGGCAUGACGUCCAUACGAGAAUAA